GAUCAGGAGUGAGGGAGCCCCCUGACCAGGGCCUAGGCACAAACUGAGCCCUUGAGACCCAGGAGAACCACAGGGGGCAGCUGCUGGGUGUGGCCAGCUGGAGAGCACCCAGAAAGCUGGAGCCAGGAAACCUUGGAACAGCAACACUUUUCAUAGUUACAUAUUACAGGUCUGAGGUGCAAAAACAGGAGUGAAGGCAGGUCUGAUGCUUUUGUAAGAUCUUUGAACCUUUGGUGGCAGCAGACAUCGCACCCCACCUGUGGCUCCAGCCCUGAGAGGACGAGGAGGCUUACCUGUGUCCCUGGACAGAGGGACCAUGACCAGAUCCUGGGGGUUCUGCUUGGUCCUGCUCACCGUUUUGGUGGCCCUGGUGGCCAGCACAGACCCAGGCAAGAAUAAGGGCAAAGUGUUGAGGGAAUUAAAAGUGAUUAAUGCCUCAAAUGCCAAUGUGAAGCAGUGUCUGUGGUUUGCCAUGCAAGAAUACAACAAAGAGAGUGAGGAUAAGUACCUCUUCCAGGUGAUCAAGACAGUACAAGUCCAGCUGCAGGUCACAGAUCAUUUGGAAUACUUUAUUGACGUUGAAAUUGCCCGCAGCAAUUGCAGAAAGGUUUCGAACAGUACUGAAAACUGUAUCAUUCAAGAGAACACCAAAUUGGAAAAGGCCAGGAGGGCUCCAUCAAAAAUCCCCCCUCCCCUACUCCUCUACGCUGGACACACUGAUGGAUCCCCCCAUAUGGGAACAGCAAACCCAGCACGCAGCCUUGGAGGGGCUUGCAGGAUGGGUCAGCUUACAGCUUCAUGGGUCUCUGCUAUUUGUGGAAAAGUGUAAGUACAUUUCCUCUGGGUUCCUUUCGACUGGAUGCUACUCAAUUCAUG